GCGACUUUGCUGGCUCGCGGUCUUAUAGUUGUGUGUCUGCCUGUCUGGUUUUUCUCUGUUGUAUUGUAACAAGGUCAGGGGGCGUCAGGAAAACGGAGGGAAAAGCGCAAACACGGCCGGUGGCAUCAUGUCGAUGCGGCUAUGAGACUGGUCAGUGACAAAAGUGCGCGCGUGAGCCCUUGGCCCUUCGUCUUGAUCAUCGGACGCCGUAGCCGGCUACCUGCAAGCCCGCGUCGUGUCAACUGAAAAGUGCCAUCGUCGCCGCUGUCAAGCGUAAAUCGACGACGUGCUGCAAGAAGCAACAUCCUCAGGAGGCGUUCUGUCUACGUUGUUGCUCAUAUUUAUCGUUGCCCACGGCUAAAGUUAUGGACGUGGUCGUUGGCUGUGCGAGCUAAGGCGGUGAGAAUCAUCAUCGCCGUCAAUUUUACUGCGAGUGUGUAUGUGCUUAGAUUGACUUCAUGUUUCUCGUGAGGGUUCACACCGAAAAAGCCGGAUGUGAGAGAACUUAGGCCAGCCGUGCCUACGAGUAAUUUUUAUUUAAAAAGCUACUUAAUUAUUUGGAGCAGUGGCUGAUCCGGACAAAAACGCAGAAGUAAGCAAGAUGCCAGCAGUGAGUGUUUGCGACCCACUGGCAGUGGCAUUACGUCACAACUUGGAUGCUGCUGGCCAGUCCAAAAGUUCGGAUGAUUUGAAUAUAAGCUUAGCAGGAAGUGCAUCACGUAUACUCAGAACUGAAAUAGAUUACGAGGAGACUGAUAACUAUAGAUCAACAGUCCAGGAGCGUUUAAAGAGUAAAUACAUGGUUUUGAGCUUGCCCAAGCAGGAUAACACUGAAAAUGGAAAAGUCAAAGAAGGAGCUGCUGCCUGUUCAAAGACUUUAGAUAAGGAUAAAGAGCCCAGGUUGCCAGAACCUAACGUGGUCUUGUAUCCUCCGGACAAAGUUAACCUUGGCUGGAAUAAAAACUUUCCUAUAGGUACUGGCAUGUACAAUGUUGGAAAUACAUGCUAUUUGAACAGUACCCUACAAGCACUUUUUCAUGUUCCUGCAUUAGUUAAUUGGCUGCUGUCUGACUCACACCACAAAUCAAAGUGUGAGCAAAACGUCAGACAUUGUUUUUUUCUAGAUGGAGGUUGCGAGUGCCUUACAUGUGCAGUAGCUAAAACUUUGCAGUAUAGUCAUGAAAAAACAGUUGUUGCUAUCAAGCCGUUUUUGGUUUACAAUAAACUUAAACUUAUUUGCCGAACAAUGGUGCCAGGGCAACAGGAAGAUGCUCAUGAGUUUUUACGUUAUCUGUUGGAAGGAAUGGAAAAAGCAUAUUUAGCGAGAUAUAAAGCAACUAAAUUAGAUAGUUAUUCAAAAGAAACUACUCCUAUUAAUCAAAUUUUUGGGGGUUACAUCAGAACUGAAGUGAAGUGUCUUCAGUGUCGUCACGUUUCUACAACUUUUCAACAUUUUCAGGAUCUUCUGUUAGAUAUUCGAAAAGCAGGAACCUUGGAUGAAGCUUUAGCUGGUUACUUUAGUCAGGAACAGUUGGAUAACAAUGACUACAAAUGCGAGGCAUGUAAGCGACGAGUACCAGCUACAAAGCAAUUUAUACUUGAAAGACCACCUAAAGUUCUUUGCGUUCAGCUGAAGCGAUUUAGCGUAUUAGGGGGCAAGAUUUCACGACACAUAGGUUUUAAGCAAACAAUUGACAUGAGUCCUUACAUUAGACGUAAGCCGGGUGAACCACCUAGCAAGUUGACUUAUAAACUUGCUUCCAUGGUUACUCACAUGGGUCCGUCUGUCAAUUGUGGACACUAUACUGCCAUAGCACAAGUAUCGUCGGGCCAAUUUUAUUCUUUCGAUGAUUCUUGUGUUCUUCCAAUCGUUUUUAGUAAUGUAGUCAGCACUAAUGCUUACAUUAUGAUCUUCGAAAUGGAGCCAUCGUCUUCGUUAAACUGCCAAUCUCACAACAACCAAGUCAUGAGUACGAAGAACGAUUCAUCUAUAUCCAAGAAUCCCCAAUCUUUUUCUAAUUCGAAUGGAUUUUCGAGCAAAUUGCUAGACGGCAACAGUGGUAGCAAAUUAACUCCACCUAGUAAGAGCGACGAGAACGGUUCAUCUUCGAAGCCCAAGGAUCAGGAAAACAAUUCAGUGGCACCAUCGCCACCGCCACCUCCACCGCCUCCUCCUUUAACCUCCUCAACUAAUAAAAGACGUAAUUUUAUUGGACCUCAGUUACCACCUCACAUGGAGAAAAAUAGACUGUACGAAUUGUCGAAGAAUAGUAAGCUUGUAGAUUAUGAUGGCGAUUCGAGCGACGAUGACGGGAAAAAUGGGUCGUCAUCAUCGAAGUCUCUGCGAGAUGAACGCCAAAUCGUCAAAUCUACAAAUAAUUCUCUCUCACCCGGUUCCUCAUCAAACAAGACCAUAAAAGCCAACGGCAAUGGUUACUCACACUCUCCAGAGAUUUCAAGGCCCCCGUCAACUCAGAAUGGCAACGGUCAUCACUCGUUGUCUAAUGGAGUCGACGCGAGCAACGGAGUUGGCAGUAGCAGUAGUGGCUGCAGUAGUAGAGGAUCAUCGCCACGAGAAUCAUCACCUAAGAAUGGUCACAGCGUUAAUGGUAAAGCUGAACACAACAACGGUGGUUCGCCUUCGACGGAUGACAAGUGGUACAACCCCAAGGGGCGCUCAGAUCCACCCGAGCAAAAGGUUUACACUAAGGCUAGCGUCAAUCGUGGAUGGCAAGUUUGCAAAGACAGUUCCUCGCCUUCGUCAGCCGCCCCCGUUAAUGGAUGGUCAGUUUCCGAUAAUGUACCGGAUGAGAUUAAUAGCAAUGGCAAUAGAUUUAAUAACCAAGCAGCGUCUCCAAAUGCUGCCGAAAUGAGAAGUUUUAAUGGAACGAACCGUUCUGAUACGGUUGCUCAACUACAAAAACUUUCUCAUUGGGGUUACGGGAAUUCAUCUAAUGUUCACAGUUGGAAUGGCGGCAAGGCACGUUUAGAGCGAGAAGUAGAUAAUCAACGACACCAAGAUCGCAAACGUUUAUAUGAAGAUGAGGAAGAUGAACUUGACCGGGGUCGUUUAAAGAAAGUAAAACAUCAUGACUACAAAAAUCACGACGCACGGUACAACCGUUUUCAAGAACAUCAAAACAAUGGUCUCAAAUGGAAGUAUAAUAAUAAUAAUCAUUAUAGACUUAAUCACAAUAACCAUUCUUAUCGACGUCACGGAAAUGGCGGCAAUUACAAUAGGCAACAUCAUCGAUAUCAUAACAAUAAAUCGAGAAAUGGCUGGCAUAGAUAGGAGUAAGGCUAACGGCGUGAGUUUGCUAAUGAUGUUACUCACCUUAGAUUAGUUGCACAGCGCUCGAUUAAGACGAAUCGCGAUAGGUUAAGUCUACGAUUAUAAAGAGAAAACGCUAAUUAAUAUGAAUUAAGAAAAAAUAUAUUAUCAAAAAUAAUGUGGUUUCACUAAUAGAGUAAAAGAAAGUUGAAAGUUUCCGGUAAUUAUGAUUUUCUAAGAGCCCUUUGAGUUAUUGCUGUUUCUACAUUUUUUGUAAUUCUGUAUGCAUUUUUUUAUUUGUUCUUUGAGUUAUAAGCGAAUUGAGUGACUCUGUAAGUGUGAAAGAUGGCAAUAAUCAGAAUUGCUUUUAAAAGUUUGCAUUACCUAACAAAAAAUUUAACAAUUGAAUUUGAUUUCAAUGAUAUAUACUUUACAAAACCACUUGAUACUAUGUUAGGAGGUACCCGUUUGUAGGACAGAAUUUAUUCCAUUGACGUUAUUUUGUUUGUUUUUAAUUUCUUAAUCGUUCUGCAAAGAAAACAAAAAGAAACGUCGUAUAUUCCUUGCAUUUGAUUACUGUUUUCAUUCGUGCUCUUGUAUGUAAAUUCGUAUGAGUUCGAACUCGUACGGGCGUUCUUUAAAUGGAAAUCGAUAAAGAAAAAGGGCGCCAAUAGACUGCACUGGUAUAUCCGGAUAUACAUGGUUUUUUAUAUGCCUGUUUUCAAGUAGUGCGUCUUAUAAAGUGCGAAUUACCGGAGGCAUUUUAAAUAUGAAAAAUUACGAUUUUUCUGGAACAAUGUUAUGACCUCGUACAUUUACAUGGUCUAUUCAAAGCACACUUUGAAACUCAGCCCCUAAAAAUAAUAAUUAUGCAAUGUAGAAAUUAUGUAAAUUUAAAAUUAUUUUUAGUCUUACAUACUAUAAGACACAUUUUUUGAAUUUUUGAACUUAUAAAAUCAUCACGUCCGUAUAUUAUAUGAUCUAUCAACGUAGUUGCCAAAUAUUUUAUUUUAAAAAAUCAGUGAUCAUUUAAAAAUAUAACUAUAAAUUCACGAUAGUUUCUUAAUUCAAUUGAAAAAAUAUAUUAUAACGGUAUUUUGAAAUCUCGAUGAAUUUGAACAACGUACAUUUAACAUACAGUUAACAUGUAAAGCAUAUGAGUAUGUGCUGUUUGCAUCAUUUUUUUUUCUGUUUCAUUUGCAACUAUGUCUAUUGAAUAAACCAUAUAAUCAAUGAAAUGUUCAAAAUAAUUAACUUGAAGCGUGGUCUAGGUUUAUAAGGGACUUUCUACAUAAGUAGACAACGGACAUCGGAUAUCGGCCAUCAGACGUGUACGAUAGUAAAAAAAGAUAAUCAAAUGAUAUGUAACUGUACUAAUAACGAUAAAAUAGUAUAUUCCUAUUUUUUAUCAUCGCUCAUAUCCGGUGCAAUCACGGAUUACACUCAGAUGUGAAACAAACAAUUAGUUUUUUAUCUUGAUAACCUCGGCACCCGUCUCCUUAUGUAGAAAGCCCCUAAAUAAUUUUAUUAAAAUUAUAUGAUUAUUCAUAAAUUUGUAUUAUGUAGUUUCAGAUAAUUCAAUUGUAUUCCGUUUGUCUUAUUCCCUUUAGAGCAUACCUAAAAAAAUAGAGAAUCAAUUUUCCGUCCUUUGGCCAAAAGAAAAUUAGGGGAUGUAUAAGAAAUGUUUUGGUUUAUAGUUCAAUUUAAAUGUUCGUUGUAGGUUUCAAUCAAUUAACAUUCAAUUUCGUAAUGCAAAUAUUGUUUUUACGUCCAAUAUAAUAAUCAAUAGUCAAGCCAUUAUACAUUAUGAUGAAAUAUUAAAAAUGUUGAACGAUCACCCCUAUUUUUCCUAGUAUGUGAAUUAUUUACACAAUCUAAUGUUUAACGUGCAUCUUGUAACAUUAGAAUAUAAUAUUAUAGAAAAAUCAAGGACCGAGGCUGGUAUUUCAAAAUUUUAUCAAGUUAUAUUCUAUAAAUAUUGUAAAUAAAUAUGUAUGACUAUAAAUUAUCUGCUACCUAAAAUUAAAUGAUGAUGUUUUAUUAAGUGACUGAAAAUAAAAACCAUUUCUAAACGUGCACUUUUUACGGCUUUAAUGUCAUUUGUGUUUAUUGAAUGAUUAGUAGCUUUUAAACUGUAAUUUUUUGUAUUGGAUUAAAGUAAAAUCAUAAUUUUUAAUAUUUGCAGUUACUUGUAUUUGCAGCAAUUCUUUAACAGAAUGAAAAUUAUUCUGGUAUUGUAGUAAUAAAGAACGUGAAAAUCGCUCAAAAUUGGAAAAUCACACCAACAGCGGUCCUUUGAAUGAUCUUAUCAAUAUUUUAUGAAGCAUUGAAUACUCGAGAUGAUGUAAUUGGGCAAAAAUUAUAUUAUCCGUAUCUGAUUCAAUAUAGAAUGUCGUCUGAAAUGCUGAAUCUACAGUUUUUAUCAUUAUUUACGCAUUUUUAUCCAGUUGCUUUGAAACAUAUAGUGUUUCACUUAAGAACCAUAGCCCAACUGUAAAAUAUACCUCUUUAUGUUAAAUCUUACUGUAAUAUUAGCCAAAAAGUUAGGUGAUUAGCUGUAACAGCUAGUUUUUAGGGAAAAAAUAAACAAUGAUUACUGAGUAUAUAACGAUGAAUGAAAUAUUUAAAAAAAGUGAGAAAAAGCUAAUGUUUAAUUCAAAUCUAGUGUGUAAGCAGUUAAAGAAGGUCGAAUUUGAAGCUAAACAAUAGCGAUAUAUAAAUGCCAUUCAUAUGCGCAUGCACGCGUGUACAUUACGGGUGCGUCAGUUCGAAGUGUGUUUUCAACGUGAAAAAGUUAGAGUGAAUUAUGAAAGUGGAUGUGGAAUUAACGUUUACCUGUGUAUAGACAAAAUAAUUAGUAACAACAUUGCAAACAAGAAAUCACUAGAGAAAGGGACUUUAAAACCUAUUUCAUUUUUAAUAUUUCUUCGGUUAAUAUUGUAGAUGAUUUCAUCUUAUUCAACACAUGAGCUUCCGUCAAAGAAAAUGUAUAGGACUAUAAUUUAAAAAGCUGUUUAACGAUUCGGUUAUGUUUUUCUCACGAACAUUCUCACAAUUGUUUCAAUUAGCAACGCGUAUUAUCAAUUCUCUAAACGGUCAAAUUUAUUUCAGUGUUCGGAAGUUUUAAAUGAUUUGAGCACAGUCCUUUUUUUCUUCUAUACUUGCGAUUGCUCAUUAUUAUACAUAGUCGAUUAAGCCUUUGUUUGACAAUUUGCUACUCAAAUGAAAGUAGUCCUUGUUUUUUUGUUUUCUUUUUUAUUUUUGAAUGUUAUCACCUUCCUUUGUUAAACAUUUUGUAUUUAUUCAAAUUUGAAAAAAAUUAUCGUAAAUUCCAACUUAUUAAGUAGAGAUUAUGUAGUAUGAAACAGAUGUAUUAUAAUUUCCAUGGAAAAUGCCUUUAUUGUUAAGUUAACAGCAACUUAUUUACAAGAAAACUAAUGACGAAUUGGAAACGUCGCUUUGGAAUUAUUUAUAACAUAAACUUAUUCAAUAUUUUUAUAUAAGUACAAAACACA